GGUUGUCGCACGAUAGACGGACGCGCUUCCUCCACCGUCUAUAUUCUUCCCCAAAACCGGCGACAUUUUGCUCCCCUUCCAAAAGUACACAGCGCACACCACCACACCUCGAGAUCUCUCCAAAUCGUUCGUCCAUGGCGAUGCAACAGACCAGGGACCCCACCGCCAAGCUCCCCUCCGCCUCCCCCUUCGCCAGCGCCAGCCCUCCUCCCCCAUACCACCACCACCACUACGGCACCUUCUCCCCUCCGCCGCCGCCGCCCGUCGCUGCAGCCGCCUACGACCCCUCCCUGAAAGGGCGCAGUGCUCAGGGCGUUGUUGCUUUCCCGUGCACUAUCCAGCAGCAGGUCUUGGUGGAGGGCCUCCCAGUCCGGGAGCCGCGGCUGCCGUUCUGCGGCGUCGGCGUCGGCGGGGCUUUGUUCUUACUAGGGUUCUUCUUGGCUGCAAUUCCCUGGUAUAUUGGUGCUUUUCUUCUAUUCUUUGUUGCUUUGGAUCACCGGGAGAAGCCUGGAUUGAUUGCCUGCACAGUUGCUGCCAAAGAAAAAGUUGUUUUUCCGCGAAACUUUCUGCGCGCACAUGGAGUGUGAAGAUGUAUGCAUGAGACUUUUUUCAGAAAUUUUUGACAUUUAGAAAUAAGUUUUCCAAAGUGGGUUCAUAUGCCCAUGGGUUCAUCCAUUCACUUCUCCGCUUAUCAUAUGGCUUGAUGUAUAUGCCUUUGGUUUAGUUUAUGUCGAAUGGUACAUCUACAAUGGCAUGUCGCAAUAGAAAGUUUGCCUCUCUCGACCUGAAUGUUACACGGAGAGUUGUGCCAAAGAGAUUGGGUCAAUUGAACUGUUGAGAUCAAGCUCGAUGCCUGAUGUUGUGUAGUGCAUUUAAAUAAUUCCAGUUUUUGUUGGCUAUAACGGAAGAUUC